GGAAUGUCUUGCAGUGUAAUCAGUUCUGCUGACACCAUCUUGUGAUGAUGACCACAGAGGAGGUGUUGUAUGCUGAUGUCAAGUUCAAGCAACCUGGCAGGACAGAGAGGGCCAUUAAUGAUGGUGGUCCUGCUUCCCAACAGCUCGUGGGGUCAAAUGGAGAGUCAAAGGCCAAGUCCGGUGGUGGUUGUGAACCGGGGAGAGUAGCCGUGGGGUUUCUCUGUGUUCUGCUGGCAGCUGCUGUCUCUGCUGUCGGCAUUCUCUGCAAGGACAACAUGGAAACCAAGGCUGAACUCCAAGCCACACUUGACAAGCAAAAAAAUCUUACAGCAAGACUUCAUCACGAAGAUAAGAGGUACCAGACUCUGAAGGACAAGUAUGAUGCGGGGGUCCCUGGUACGCGUCCUUUGACGAGUUCCUGCCUGGAAAACACCAGUCAUGGCUGUCUUAAAUGUGCCGCCGGCUGGGAUCUUCACGGAAAAAAGUGCUACCAUUUCUCCACCAGUGCACUGAACUGGCAUGAAAGCAGGACCAAAUGCGUACAGGAAGGAGGGGACCUGGUGAAGAUAGACAGCGAGGAAGAGCAGAAGUUCCUGCAUAAGACACUCCAGACAAAAAUGCAGCAAGCUGAGGACAAAUUCUGGAUCGGGCUGACGGACUCAAAGGAGGAGUCAAAAUGGUUAUGGGUGGACAACUCUCCGCUGAGACUGAGCUUCUGGAUGGUCCGAGAGCCUGACAACUGGAACGGAACCAACCCUGAUGGGGAAGACUGUGCAAGAAUGGGAGAGAUAGGAGAAAGCUCAUACUCGUAUAAUUGGUUUGAUAAAUCCUGUAAAGAUUCUCAUAAAAGAAUAUGCGAGAAAGACGCAUCGGCCGGCGUCCCUACAUGCACCUAACUUACAUUUUGACUGGCCUGACCAUAAAGCGCUUAAAACUGUCAGAUGGCAACAAAGGUGCUGGAUAUCUGCUACCUUUCUAUUUAAAUUUGCUUGUCUGUUUUUUGGGUUUUUUUUGUUUUUUUUUGCUAUUCGCAUUGCUAAACUGCAGAGGUAGGAAAUUACACAAAA